AUGACCAUUCUAGACAACCUAAAAGUUCGGUAUAACAAAAAAAAUAUCUACACUUACAUUGGUAACAUCUUGGUCACCGUUAACCCCUAUGUUGAUCUCCUUAUCGACGGUCUUGACGUAAUGGCGACAUAUAGAAAUCAACCAAUAGCUUCAAUGCCGCCGCACGUUUACGGACUUGCUGAAGGAAUGUAUCAAAACCUAUUGCAUGAUGGUGUUGAUCAAGUCGUAAUCAUUAGUGGUGAGUCUGGUGCAGGUAAGACGGAAGCAUUUAAAAGAAUUUUACGUCAUCUUGCGGCCUCCAGUGAGGGAGAUCAGAUUACAUGGGGUUCUGCUGCUCAGGGAGUGCUAGAAAGUACUCCACUUCUCGAAAGCUUUGGUAAUGCCACUACUUUGAGAAAUGACAAUUCAUCUCGCUUUGGCAAGUUCGUAGAGGUUUUCUUUACUGGUCCAUCUAUUAUUGGAGCUCGAGUAACAAACUACUUGCUUGAAAAAUCCCGUGUUGUACAGCAGUCUACUGGCGAAAGAAAUUACCACAUUUUCUAUCAAUUUUUGAGCGGUCUAGACAAGGAAACAAAAAAUGCUCAUCACUUCACAUCUGUCUCAGAUUUUGCUUAUCUUCAAUAUGGCAAAGCUAGUAAGGUCGCUUCACGAUCUGAUCCCGAGGCAUUGCAUGUUCUUCUAAAUUGUUGGUCGAACUUACGUUUCACUGGAGAGGACAUGGAUUUGUGUCUUCGCAUUAUGUCAGGCGUACUGCAUUUGGGCAAUGUUGAGUUUGGAGAGCGUGAUGAGACGCGAGCCGAGGCCGUAAGAAGUCCGGUGAAUCAGCAGCAGGCAAGAGUGAAUAGAGACUCCAUAGCAAAGUGUCUCUAUUCAAAGUACUUUGAAUUACUGGUGGAGGAGCUCAACCAUCGCCUUGCGCCCCCAACUGUCGGCGAGUUGGAAGCCUCACGCAGUAUCUCCCUCCUGGACAUAUACGGUUUCGAAGUAGGCAACGUGUUUUUCCUUACAUAG